UUUUAGGAAGCGCUCAAUUUCUUCAAGCAAUCGAAUGGACCAAUAUCAACUUAGAUAUUUUAGUUUAUUAAUUGGUUUACAAGUUCAAGAAUUUCAAAAUUCGAUUUAUCAACAUGCUUUUUUACUUACCUUUCCUGAUGGACAAUCAAUGAUGUUUAAUGCUAAAAAUAAUGAGGACAGGUAUUGUUUUGUGACUGAUAUUCGGGAAUCAAUUGCUGAAUCAACUGAAAUGGAACAUUGGCGUAUUCACUUGGAAAUGGAACGACAACAACAUCAAAACAAUCAUUUGUCAGGAAUUGGUGCUCGUUUGGCUGAACAUGAUUUUCAAAUUGGGGGGCAGCAACAAAGGGGAGGAAUAACAACAACACCAACAUCGACACCUACAAGUCAGAAGCAGAAUUUACAUAGUAUAAGUGUUGGAAGUUGUAACAAUUCUUCGGCUGGGGCGAUGACAAUGGUAACCACAACAACUGUCGAUAGCAUUCAACGUGAUUCUGGUCUUCCUGAUAUGGAUUGUCAUGCUUCAUCUUCUGUUGGUCAUUCCCAUUCAACAAUAUCCUCAACUUCAAUAUCUCCAUCACCUGCUGACUUCACUUAAAGUUUUUUUUAAAUAAUUUUUUUUGUUAAAUCUUUUAAUUAUUUUCUUUUUGUUGUCAAAAGUCUUUUUUGAGUAAUUUUAUUUCUUUCAUUUUUUUGGUAAAUUAUAAAGGAAAAGGAGAAUUUUUUUGGAAGAAGUAAUGAAGAAAUUUUUUUGUUAAUUUUCAAGAAAAAAAUUUUUUUUUGGAAUUUUAACUGUAAUAUAGGUCGCUACUAGUGAUCGUGAUUGAGUUUUGAAAAGCUUGGGUUCCAGUUUUGAUUUAUUGACCUGAGUCGGAUCCUGAGCCUGUAGUUCAGGAAAAACUAUG